UCCUACCUAAACAUUAACUCUCGUGCGUUUGUGCUUCCGUAUAUCAUAUAGACGGUCUCCAUCAUUUCCUUGGCCACCCGUCCGAGAGAACAUACAUCAAUAAUCGGACAGGAAACCCCCCUUCCACGAUGAAGGUCUACUCCCUCUCCCUUCUUUCCGUCACACCCACCACACCCCCUCAAGCCAAUGUCCUCGGCGCAUCUCAAGAUCUCAGUAGUUUCUCCUUUUACCAAAGAGGUAGCGUUGGAGAAUUCAUGACUUUUUUCACCAAAACUGUAGCAGAACGUACACCUGUCAAUCAACCUUCUUCAGUGGAAGAGAAUAACUAUAAAGCUCAUGUUUUCCGUAUGGCAGGUCGAGGACCAUCAAACUUGGGAUUGGCAGCGGUAAUGAUAACUGAUCUCGAAUAUCCUUAUCGACCCGCAUUUUCUCUCUUGACUAAAUUACUGGACGAAAACGUUCCUCUGAUGAUGCAACUACCAGCAUCAUCAGCCGCUCCUUCUUUCGGCUCCGCAUCCGCCAACGCCUUUGGUGGGAAUCCUUCUCAAGCAGCAGCCGGUGGUCUACCUCCUGCUCAAAAGGGAAAAUUGGAAGCUACACUCAUUGGAUAUCUUUCUAGAUAUCAAGAUCCAAAACAGGCGGAUGCUAUUAUGAGGGUGCAACAGGAACUUGACGAGACGAAAAUUGUUUUGCAUAAGACGAUCGAUUCAGUUUUGGAAAGAGGAGAAAAGUUGGAUAAUCUGGUCGAACGUUCUAAUGCUUUAUCAGCUCAAAGCAAGUUGUUUUAUAAGACUGCAAAGAAGCAAAACUCUUGCUGCGUCAUCAUGUGAAAGAGAGGGGUGAAUGGGAUACGAGAGAAGGAAAAGUUAGAUAUGAUGCCUGUAGCUGGACUGGAGGUCUUUCAGUCUCAGUAAUUGUACUUUUACAUGCACUAUGCGUGCGAUACUUUUCUGUUGCAUCUAUCCA